AUGCCCGUGCGAGUGCCGCGCGAGAGCCACGAGGUGCCGACCUGCACUCCGGGACUCCGCCGGGGGUGUCUGUCGUCCGGGCGAGCCAUUGGCAGGAAAACAAUAUACGUACCUAUCAGUGAAUCUAACGAGCGAGAUUUCGCGAACCCCGGGAGGGACACUUCGGUCAGUCCCCCCCCCCAGCCUUGCCACGUGACGGCGUUGCACGUGGCGGAAACACAGGGCACCGCCCCGGCCGCGCGCCAGCUUGGAUGCCCCUCCACACCCGCCGCUACGAGCCUGGCCUCCGGCGAGAGGGAGGUGAUCACGCCCGCAGAGAAGAUGAGCCGCAAGCCCAACAAGCGAUGCUCGGCGACCAAGUUCGUCUACAUCACCCCGCCCGCGCCACAGCACUGUACUCAGGUGCUGGCGACGCUGGUGGUGUCGCUGGGGCCGCUGUGCGCGGGGCUGGGCAAGGGCUACUCCUCGCCCGCCCUGGCCUCCAUGGCCACCCUCUCCGCCCAGGGCCACCACUUCUCGGUCAGCAAGGACCAGGGCUCAUGGAUCGCCUCCCUGUCCCUCCUCGGCGCCUUCUUCGGGGCGGUCCCUGGCGGCAUGGCCAUCCGCUUCGGCAGGAAGAGGGUGCUAUGCGCCGUCGCCAUCCCGUUCGCGCUGUCGUGGCUGCUGACGGUGAUCGCGUGGAACGUGAGCAUGCUGUACGUGGCGGCGCUGAUGGGCGGCGUGUGCUCGGCCGUGAUCGCCGUCGUCACGCCCGUCUACAUCAGCGAGAUCGCUCACCCCGAGAUCCGGGGCUGCCUGUGUGCCUUAGCCAAGCUGAGCAGCAACAUCGGCAUGCUGCUCGCGUAUCUCCUGGGCGCCUUCCUUAACUGGCGGGAGCUGGCCACGGUGACGGCGGUGGCGCCCGUCUGCCUGUUCCUGGCGGCGCUGUUCAUCCCCGAGACGCCAAGCUUCCUCCUGUACCGCGGGAGGGACACGGAGGCGGCCAACGCCCUGCGCUGGCUGCGCGGCUCCGAGGCGGACGUCGCGCGCGAGCUCACCAACAUGAAGGCGAACAUCGCCACCCUGCGGCGCGAGACCGACCCGUGCCCGCAGCGCGCUGCCCCGCGGGACCUGCUCCGUCCGCUCUUCAUCACCUGCGGCCUCAUGGUCUUCCAGAAGUUCAGCGGCGCCAACGCCUUCAACUUCUAUGCAGUGCCCAUCCUGGACGAGACCUUCGUGGGGCUGAACCCGUACCGCGCCGCCGUCGUGGUCGCCUUCGUGCAGAUCUGCGCUGGCAUGGCGUCCUCGGCGCUGGUGGACACCGUGGGGCGCCGUCCGCUCCUCGUCUUCAGCAACAUGCUCAUGUCGGCCGCGCUGGCAGCCUACGGCGGCUACGUGUACCUGAAGGGGCUGGACCAGGACGAGGACAUCCUGGCCCGGCAGCAGUGGCGGGAGUCGGACUGGGUUCCUCUCUUCUGCAUCCUCGUCAUCGAAAUCGCCUUCGCCCUAGGGGUCUCGCCCAUCAGCUGGCUGUACAUCGGCGAGCUCUUCCCCUUGAAGCACCGAGGCGUUGGGUCCGUGGCGGCCUCCGUCAGCUACGCUUGCUCCUUCGUCAGCGUCAAGACGUUUGUCGACCUCGAGCACAUGCUGGGCCUGUACGGCGCCUUCUGGCUGUACUCCAGCAUCGCCGCGAUCGCCCUCAUCUUCACUCUCAUUUUCGUGCCUGAGACGAAGGGCAAGAGCCUGCAGGAGAUGCAGACGGUCGAGCAAACGAAGGAGACGCUCAUAUAGCAGACAGCCCGCCCACUAGCCCCGCUGCGCCCACCCACCGUCCACUGGGAGAUGCCGCCUGGACAGCGGCCCUACAGAGAGAUCCUGCUGUAGGUCCUGCCGCAGGAUCCCAGCGCCCCGGAUCCGCGGCGCCGCCCCCGUCUUCCCGUUUCUGGUGGCGUCCCACCCUCCACGCGGCGCCGCGGCGGCCGGGAGCCCCGUGGCCGCAGCCGGGCUAGAGGGCGGUUCGAGCCCACUUGUGAUAAGCUGCGUCCUCCUCCUCAGCCGCAGGAACCGCACUUCGCACCGCCGACGCGGCUCAGAGUCGCGUGUGCGGACACAAGGACACUUUUAAUCUUUAGGAUCCAUUCAGCAGUGACUUAAUAUACUUCAUUAUUAACACGAUAGAUUCAAAGCUCUUCUUUCACCAUAUAUUUUUCAUCGUCAUUUCUCUUUUGAAAAAAGCCGCUUGGAAACAUUGUUCACUUCUUAAAUAUUUCUGUGAUGUGUAGCAAACAACUGCAUGCUUCCUACCACCUUAAGGAGAGGUACGCUCCACACGAACAGUGUACCUUCGAAGAAGAAUUAAUAUUUAAGUGAUAACGAGCCUUAUAUAUAGAUAGUAUCUUGAUCAGGGUUAAUCGAAUUUAUCUGUUUUAUCUUCGACAAAUAUCUUAUUUUUAAGUUCCAGUGACUAGUCGCGCUGGAUCUAGUGAUUAAAGAGUCCGCAUAGGCCUAUCGUUACAAAUGUUGUAAGGACGCUAUGACAAUUCGUAUUGUGCUCGAACGGCAACUGUCUCGUUUUGAGAACGAAAAUGCUGAAAGUGAAUAGUCUCAAGGUGAAACGUUUCUUUUCGUUUUAUUUCCAUUUUUAAGGAAUGACAGCAUACGUGCGUUCGUUUUAUGCGAGCGUUAGAAAAGUAGGUACAAGAAGCCAUUUUCUUUUCUUUUUGACGUGUAGUCCAAAAGGUCAAAUCUAGGAUCAGGUACUUCGAUUAAAUAUUCCAUACAAAUACUUACAUAAGUAGGAUCAGGCAGCUAGACUCUUCAUCACAGACAAUGUGUUCAAUAACAGAUUUAUGUUCUCAAUGUCGACUGAAUUAGCAUCAACAGAAAAUUGAAAAGAAACAAUUGAUAUUUAAUUCCUCACUGAAAAUAAAGUUUAUAUUUCAAAUAAGACGCACUAAAUAUUUGAUGCAGUGUGUAUUGGUUUCAAAUAUUGCUUUAUAUCUAUAAAAAGUGGAGCCCAACUUUGGUUUGGAAUUACAGCAAAUGAAUGGGAAAAAUUAGAUUAUCUUCUAAAAUUAGAAAUACUUACAGAUUGAUUGGUAAGAACAUACUAAACGCACCAUAAGAUUCAAUUCGGCCUGCGAAGUGUGUCUAUUGAGAGCUUAUAUAAAAGAGCACAAUUUAGCUUUUCUAGAGCAUCGUGUGUAAA